CCUGGGAACCUCCAUAUGCCGCGGGAGCGGCCCAAGAAAUAGCAACAACAACAACAAAAAAAAAAAUUUGAAAAAUCGCUUUUUGUGAGAUUAUCAAGUACUAGUCAGUGUAGAAAAUAUGCAAAAUACAAGAAAAUAUAAAUCAUAAUUCAAAUGCUGAUUAACUUCUUUUUAACUUAUAUAAUUCCAGUACUUUCUAAGUACACACACACUUUUACAAAAGAGAUUGUGUAUGUUGUUCACGUUUUUUCAUAUAAGAACAUAUUCUGAACACUUUGUCCUAUCAUUACAUCUUUUUAGUUUUCUGUAAUAUUUUAAUGACUAUAAACCAUUAUGUAAUGUUUUAGCAUAUUUUUAUUUUUUAUAAUAAAUUUUAUUUUUUCCAUUAUAUCUGAUUUACAGUGUUCUGUCAAUACUGCACAGCAAGUUGACCUAGUCACACAUAUAUGUAUACAUUCUUUUUGCUCACAUUGUCAUGCUCCAUCACAAGUGAUAGCAUAUUUUUAAAUUUAAAUUUCAGUGCCAUCUCUAAGUUCGGUGCUUAACCUUGUUAAACAAUCAGAUCUAUUCAUGACCUUCCAUAUAUUUGAAAGCAUUUCCGUACAAAUAUCCUACUUGAAAAGGUGAUUUUUUUUUCUCUUUAGUAUGCAGCUUAUUUAAUACUGUCAGGCUGUCUCAACAUAGUAUUUAUUGUACAUAUGAAAUAGAACACUACUGCAGAAGUUUUGAAUUUUAACGAGGUUUUAUGUGUUAAUAUUUCUCUUUGUAUCUAUACUUACAUAUUUAAGAAACCUUUCACUGUACUUUUGUCAUAUAGAUAGGUCCCUUUAUUUUCUUCUAAUACUUUAAAAAGUUUUAUUUCUUAUGUUAAAGUGCUUAAUUAAUCCAUCUGGUAUUGAUUUUCAUACAUGGAGGGUAGUAACAUGUUUUCCGUACAGAUAGCUAGGUAUACCAGUACUAUCUAUUUAAUAGGCCAUCCUUGCCCCACUGAUUAGUAAUGGCAUCUCUAUCAUGUGCUAAUUUUCAUAUAUACAUAUAUAUGUUUAUGCUGUUAUGUUUUAUUGUAUUGCUAUAUUUACCGGUCUCUAAAAUAAUUUCACCUAAUUAGCUUUAAAAUAUGUCAUGAUACCUGGCAGGGAAUAUUUAUAUGGCAAAAAAUAAUUAUAAAGUUAACAGACAAGCUACAGAUAGAGUGGUAUUUAUAACCCAUAUAACUAACAAAAGAUUAGCAUUUGGAAUAUAUAAAGAAGUAUGUAUCAAUUAGAACAAGAAACAGCCCAAUAGAAAAAUAGGAAAGUGAUAUGAACAGGCUGUAAAAGAGAUACUUAACUUCACAAGUGAUCGUACUGGAUCCCCAACUUAAGAUGAUAAUGAAGUAUCUUACCAAAACCAUCAUGCUCACAAAAAUUAAAAUCUAAUAGCACUUAACACUUCAGGAGAAUAUGAGAAGACAAAAACACUUGUAUAUGCUGUAUUUGAAGUUGUAAACUGCUUCAACAUCUUUGGAGAGAAAUUUUAUAAUACCUAUUAAGGUUGAAAACUCUCAUACCUUAUAAGCCAAAAAGCCCAUGUCUAGGUAUCUAUUCUAAAGAAACUCUUGAACAUGUAUAUUGGGAGAUAUAUUUACAUAUAUUCAGUGCAGAAAGGCUUGUAAUAGCAAAAUAAACAGAAACAUUACUGCCUUCAAUAGGGGACUUGAUGGGUAGCAUAUGGAGUGGAAUAUUAUGCAGCAGGCAGUAUAAAUGAAGUAGAGCUAUGGGCAAAUCUUAUAUAAUAUUGAGUUAUAAAGAGGAAGUUGAAAAGGAUCUGAAUAGACCAAUUCCAUUUUCAUAAAAUUUUAAACAUUACAAUAGUAUUUCCAUAUAUUUGAAAAUGACAAUAGUAUGGGUACAUGCAUAGAUACUAAAAGAAUGAAAGCAUGAAAGGAAAUACUAUAGAUCAACUUUAAAAUAGUAGUAACCUGUGGGAAGAGGCCAAGCAGGAAGGGAUUGUUUUCAUGAGGCAAUAGGACUGUAUAAAGCUUUUGAAAAGGAAAUCUGAAAGAAACAGAGCAAAAUAUUAAUAUCUGUUAAAACUUUGGUAAUGGGUAUGUACUUCAGCUGUAUCAUUUCCUGUGUUUUUUCUAUAUGUGUAUAUGUAGAGAUGUAUUUUAUAUAUCUCUAUACAUAUAUAGAAAUGUAUACAUACAAAUACAUGUAUAUACAAAUAAAUAUAUAUAUGUAUUUUACAAUUUAAAACACUGUAGAAAGAACAUAAUUGCCUCACAGUAUAUGCUCAGGAAUGUUAGUUUCUUGUCUACCUGCACCAACAUUUUGGUUAUGUAUUUUGUUCAGAGAUUUUUCUAUUAUGCUUAAGCUAGAAGGGUUAAUUUCAUCACAUAAAAUAAUUUAAGAGGUAAGCAGGCAGGGCUGAUAUGACAGCCCCAUAACAUUAUGAGAGAUCUAGGCAUUUUCUCUCUUUCUAUUCUGAUUAAUUAACUUCUGUCUUCAAGAUCCCCCAUAGACCCAGUUGACUGUUGGAACUCUGACCUUUACAUCUUAAUUCCAGAAGCAGGAGGGAAGAAGUUUAUAAGAAGGGUUCAUUCCCAUCCUGUUAGGAGGCUUCCCAGAAGUUCCACCUAAUACUUAAGGUUACAUCUUAUUGGCCAGAAUAUUGUCACAUGGUUACAUCUUGCUGAAAGGGAGGCUGGAAUAUGCCUUUUAGCUGGGUAUAUCACCCAAGAUUUGUAACUAAGGAAGAAGAAGAAAUUUGAUAUUGGACAAAAACUAGGAGUCUUUGUUGAAAACAAGAACCUACAAGUUAUUGGCCUCUAAAUUAUAGCAUUAUUUUCAUUUUAACUGAGAUUUUGAGAUUUGAAAGCAUGUGAAGCCUUUUCAUUAAUUUGUUACACACUAUAUAUGUGCAUUCCAAUUCACAGGUGCUGUCCUCAAAUUCAGAGAGGUAUAACUUUGGGGUGCCUCUGUUAUUGAAUAAAUAAAGUCACAUUAUAUCUUUUUUCAGAGUGAAAAACAUGCUCAAAAUGUUAGGUUUUAUUUUCAAAUGCAUGGGGAACAAAAUGAAGUGCCUGAUAGGAAAAUGAAGAUGGAUGUUAGGAAUUUUCAGGUGCAUAGGAGUGAAGUAGUGGACAGAAACAAAUUUUGUGAUCUUUGCAACAUGAUUUUUAGUUCCCCAGUUGUUGCUCAGUCUCACUAUGUGGGGAAAGUCCAUGCUAAAAAACUGAAGCAAUUAAUGGAGGAGCAUGAUCAGGUAUCUCCAUCAGGAUUUCAGCCAGAGAUGGCAGGUGUGCCUAUUACUACUUCUUCAGAGUCAACUUUUCUGAAGCCCCUUGCUGUCAAGCCUCCUCCAGGCACCUUCUCACUACUAGUAUAUUUUAUCCCCUUUCCAUAUUCUCUCUUCCACUACUUCUUUUACUCUACUCACUACUAUUUUUCAAUUCUUUCCUUACUAGACCUUUCUGCUUCAUGUGACAGUGUUCAUUACUCCCUCCAUGAAGCUCUAUUCCUUGUCCUAUGUAACACCUUAUGCUCUGGUUCUUCUCCUGUAUUUCUCUUUCUUUUCUGUUCUCCUUGGGAACUCUUUUUAAAAUUCAUUGCUUAAUUGUAGGUGUUCCCAUGAUUCCAUUCUUGACCUUAAUCUCUAAACAUGAUCUAAUUCAUUCCCCUGAUUUCAUCUCCCAUCUGUAUGCCUAUGACCUUUCUGUCAAACUGUAGAUUUACAUAUUCAAAUGGCAGCUACUGCUUCACCUGGAUACAUCAUAGCCAUUUCAAAUCCUCUCAGUUGUUCAAAGUAGAAACCCAUAGUUAACUAUAAAUCCCUCAGCAUCAUCUAUUUCACUUUCUACAUCUAAUGAAGCAUCAAGCCAUGACUAUUUUACCCUAUCUCCAGCCCUGCUUUUCCCACACUAGUUCAGACCCUCAACAUCUUUCCUAGAGCUUUGCUACUCAAAGUACAGUUUGUGGCCAGCAUCAUCAGCAUCACUUGGGAGCUUGUUAGAAAAAAGAAAUUCGGCCUCACUGCAGACCUACUGAAUCAGAAGCUACAUUUUAAGCAAGAGAUCUAGGUGAUUUGUACUCACAAUAAAUUUUGAGAAGCAUUGUUCCAGAAUAUUUCCAUAACCUCCUCACUACUCUCCUUGCCAUCAGUUUUGUCUCCAAAAUCCACCCUCAGUUUAACCACUAGAAUGUUUCACCUGAAGUGCAUGCCUUUCCAUGUCAUUCACCUGCUUAAAAAUUCUCGUUUCUUUAUUUUCUAAGGACAAAAACCUAAGCUUCAGAGCUCUCUACUGUUCCAUUACCAUUAUCCCAUUUCUUGUCUCCAUGCCCAUCAUGCCACCAUUUUGCCUGGAACAUCUUCAUGUCCCUCUUCCCUUGACUAAUUCCUACACAUUCUUUAACAUGCUACUUCCCUGUAAGACUUUUCACUCCCUCCAAGGCUUAUCUUCUGUGCUUCCUUAACCUGCAAAUCUAAUUAUCUCUCCCUGUGUCUUUAUCUCCCAUUGGAAUGUAAGGUCUUUGAGGGAAGGGACUUUAUGUUUCUAGCAGUAGAGAUAGAAACUAGCACAGAGUAGGCUUACCUCAAUAGAGGUUGGUUUAAUAUAUGAAUCAGGGAACUAUUAAUCUUUAUUUCUUGAGUGUUAACCCUGCAUUUGUACUAUUACAUUUGCUACUUAAUGUGAUUCAGCAUAUCCCCAAAAGUUACAUAGGAAUCUGUGUUUUUAUCUAGGAUUUUAAAGAAUGCUGAUUUAAGCAAGUGUAGAAAUAAAAGUGGUAGGGCUUCUGAAAAUUGUAGAUUUCUACUCGUUAAAAGUAUUUUUCCUAUUGCUGUGCUGAGGGUUAUCUGAAAUAAGUGGCUUCUAGUUUAGUGGCAUUAGGUAAAUUGAAAUGGAGAAAUGUGUCAGCUAUGAGAAGUGUGUGUACUCUGAUCACUUCUGAAAGGAGGGUCAUUUUAGCACUGUCAAGUUUCAAGUUUAUUAGAAUGAGAGAAGGAGGAUUUUGGUGAGAUUUUUAUCUGGCCACAGAAGAGGUGCUGAUCAUCAGCAUAAUUUAAUCCAGUCAUCAAAGUCAUUUUACACUAGCCUCUGAAGCUAAAGCUCAAAGAAAAGGUUUUUGACCCUGCCUUGGAUAUUCAAUUUUGAGAACAGUAAACAUUUGAGGGUUGGGAAAAAAAUAGCUAGAGAAUUUAAAUUAGCUAAUGAGAGUUUCAAAGAACAGCAACAGCAGAAGUCCAUAUUUGUAAGUGAGCAAGCUGUAAGACAAAAACAACAUGUGCCACUUUAUUUUCAGUCUUCACUCAUUUUCUCCCUUCUGUCUGUCUUCUAUAUCUGCUAUUGUUUACAUAUGUUUCUACCAUAUCUAAUCUCUCUUUUUCUUCAUCAUUCUCACUGCUUUCUUCAUGUCCCUCACCCAGCCCAGAUCUUAUUAGCACAGGAAUGGCUACCAUAACGAUAUGGAACUAAACAUUUAGUAUGAGAACCUACGUUUGUCAUAUUUGCAAUAUCACUUUUACAUCUUUAGAAAUGUUCCGGUCCCAUAUGCAAGGAAGUGAACAUCAAAUUAAAGAAUCCAUUGUUAUCAAUCUAGUGAAGAAUACAAAGAAGCCACCAGAUUCUUACCAAGAUGAAGGUGCAGAUUACAUCAAAGUACAGAAAGCCAGAGGACCAGGACCAAAGACUUGUUUCAGAAAGACAGAAGAGAGUUCUUUGGAAGCCCGUGGGUACAGAGAAGCAGUUGAUUCCAGAUCCAGGCGUAGAAUGUUUGAACAAAGACUCCCAUGUGAGACUUUCCGGACAUACCCAGGAUCAUACAAUAUUUCACAAACAGUGAAAAGCCAGUUACCUCAUUGCUUACCAGCUCACUCAAAGAAGACAUAUGACUCUUUCCAAGAUGAACUGGAAGAUUACAUCAAAGUACAGAAAGCCAGAGGACUAGAUCCAAAGAUUUGUUUCAGAAAGAUAAGAGAGGCCCCUGUGGAAACCCAUGGGUACAGAGAAGUUGAUUCUGGACCCAGACCAAGAAUCUGUGAGCAAAGAUUUUCAUUUGAGACUUCCCAGACCUAUCAACAACCAUAUACUAAUUCACCAGUGGAAAGCCAGUCACAACAUUGGUUACCAGUUCAUUCAAAGAGGACAUAUGACUCUUUCCAAGAUGAACUUGAAGAUUAUAUCAAAGUGCAGAAGGCCAGAGGACUAGAGCCAAAGACUUGUUUCAGAAAGAUAAGUGAUAGUUCUGUGGAAACUCAUAAAUACAGAGAAAUGGUUGAUUCCAGACCCAGACAUAGAAUGUUUGAGCAAAGACUCCCAUUUGACACUUUCCAGACUUACCAAGGACCAUAUAAUAUUUCACAGGCAGCAGAAAACCAGUUACCUCAUUGCUUACCAGCUCAUGAAAACAAAGACAGAUUAGACCCUAUGACCUACUGUCAACUCACCAGAGACUAUUUCCCAGAAAAACCAGUACCCCUGAGCCUUAGUCAGCAGGAAAAUAACUCUGGCCCAUACAGUGUGGAAUCUGAAGUUUACAAGAACCUCUCUUCAGAAAACAGUACUAGUGACCCUCAUGUAAGUCAUAAGCGGAGACAUCAGAAGAGAAGAAGGCACCAGGAGGAAGGUGAAGAAAGGCCAGAGAAGGAACAGUCCAAGCAUAAAAAGAAAAAGGAUACAGAUCUAGACAAGGAUUACAGCAUCCAGCAAAAGAAAAGAGAGGGAGAUAAAGUCAGCAUCAGUUCAGGAAAGCUUAAGCAUCGAAAAAAGAAAAAAAGCCAUGGUGUACCCUCUGAGAAAGAAGAACGUAAGCACAAGAAAGAGAAAAAGAAAUCUGUUGAAGAAAAGACAGAAGAGGAAAUGCUUUGGGAUGAAUCUAUUCUUGGAUUUUGAACUUAAUUUUGUUUACCCAAUGAAAAUUGGUUAAGAAUAGGGGAAUUUAGCCAAAGACAGGGAUAUCCAAUGAAGAAAAAGAGAGAUGGGUACAGUCAUUGUCAGUUCAGGAAAGCUUAGUUUUAUGUGUGUAAAAAUUUGAAUUGAAACAGACAAACAAGCCUAAAUCUAGCCUUUGAGAAAUAAGAACAUAAGAAAAACGUAAGAACACAACAAGAACAUAAGAGAAAAGGAAGCCUGUUGAAGAAAAGACAAAAGUGUCUAUGCUCUUGGAUUUUGAACUUUUCAGUUUUGUGCCCUUAAGGUUGAAUUGAAGAAAUAAGUUGAAGAGUUUGGUUUCAUGAAAUUCAUGUUAUUUGAAUUUUCCUAAGUGGACAGUUAUUUUAACCGCUAACAAAAGCCAAGUGAAGUAAAAGUAUUCAAUAUGCCUUUUCCUCAAGUUAUUUUUCCUCAUUUCUUGAAAUGAAAGAAAAAUUACAUGUUUCAUACAUACAGAAUAAUUUCCCUUAAUGAGGCUGUCUCCACUCCUAUUCAUCAAAUUGUUGUGAUAGUGAAUUUUUUACUUCUGGGAAAUAAUUUAUUUUAAAUGAGAGAAUUACCACGCAUUACAGAAUCCAUCCCUUGUAUGGAUUUGUUAGUGUUGGUGGUAUUGUUUUUAUCGUUGUUAUUGUAUGUUUAUGUUUCUUGGUUUUCUCCAGGGAAAAUGUGUGAAGCGACUCAGACUGAUUUUUUUGUUUGUUUGUUAAAUCUAAUUUGCAGUGUAUUUUUGUAUUUUCUAGUUCUGAAAGUGAAAAAUGAAACAGUCUAUAAUAAACUCAGAUGAUAUAUAGUUUUAAAAAGCUCUCAAAAAGUACUGUUAAAAAAUCAGUCUAUAUUCUGGAAAUGUUUAUAUUAUAUAUAUUAAAGUGUUUUAAUUUCUACAUA